CGCUAUUGCUAGCGAUUUCCAGAGCAUAGAUAUAAUAAGGUUUCUAGAUAGGCACCGUCAGUAUACGACAAUUCAUUUGCAUUAGAAAAACGCGUGAAAAUCAGUCAAAUAUUGAGAACGUUAUAAAAUAGUAAAACAUGGAUGUAUUUUCCAUUUAAGGCUGCUGGACACAUCUUGCAGGUUUUUGUACGGAUCUGUGCGGUUUCAUAAAGAAUACCGUUUUUAAAAAAAACAACGUUUGUUUUGUAUGUUGUCGUUUAUGAUGACAUUGUUAUUGAAAUACAGAUGACACAAAAGAACCAUGGUAAGUAAGUGUGGCAAAACAAGUUGGCAGAAAUGACGUCAGGUGCGCGCAUGCGUGGUAAAGUGGUAAAGCAAGAUGGCGUCUGACCGAGAAGUCCUAAACGCGGGCAUUAUAUUUCUGUAUUCUUACAUAUAUGUUGUUUAAUAGAGUACACACGGUUAAUAAUUGUUUGUAGCCGGAUACAUUAGUCUGAGCGCACUUUGACACUUCUCCUGUUUGCUAGCUUCACUUAAGGUAGCUUGCAGCUAGUUUAGCUGGCUAGUUAGCUUAGCUUGUUAGCUGCUAACAAAGAGACGCGGAAGUUAUUUAAACAUCGCUAAGUAGGGAACUAAUGUGAGUGUAAAGUGUUGUGAUUGUGUGAAAAUGUGCGAAAGAACGAUGGCAAAGUAUGAGGAGGAACUUUGUCCAACAAAAGAGGAGAAGGAGCGACAACAUCAACUACUGGAUGUUUAUUAUAAGAAACAUCAUCAAGUUGUGUUACACAGAACAGAUGUCUGUGAAGAACAACUUCCGCAUGAAAAACAGGAGUGUAGCUUCACGAUGGUGAAGGAGGAUCCAUCAAAGAGGAAGACCAGGCGCCACGGACCCUCUGGCGUCUCCUUUUCCUCUUUGACACAGACCCUUCCCUGUAAAAAGGAAGAGGAAGACUCACUGACGCCCCACGUUAAAGAGGAAGAGGAGGAACACCGUAUCAGUCAGCCUAAAAGGUUGGAGGACCUCUUAGUGACUGGAGUCCCUGUGAAGAGUGAAGAUGAUGAGCUCAAAAGUGAAAGUGAAGAGAAGAGAGAGGCAGAGCCUCCAAGCAGCAGCUCAACACAACACAUGACAACAGAAGCUGAUGGAGACCACUGUGGAGGAUCACAAGCAGACAAGCUCUUAGCUCCACUAUCAGAUAGUGAGGACACAACGUCACACUCUCCUGACACUGAUGAUGAAGACUCUAAAGAUGAUAAGACAUGUCACACUGACAACACUCACUUCACAUGUUCUCACUGUGACAAAACCUUUAAAUACCAUAGUAAUCUGAAAAGACACAUGAGAAUACACACUGGAGAAAAACCUUUUAUCUGCUCAGUAUGUGACAAAGGUUUUGGACAACGUCAAAAUUUGAAGUCACACAUGAGAAUACACACCGGAGAAAAACCUUUCAUCUGUUCAAUCUGUGGUAAAAGUUUUGUUCUAAGAAGCAAUUUGAAAGAACACAUGCGAAUACACACCAGAGAAAAACUUUUUAUCUGUUCAAUCUGUAAUAAAUGUUUUGUACAAAGUAACAAUUUGAAAGUACACAUGAGAACACACACUGGUGAAAAACCUUUUUUCUGUUCAACCUGUGGUAAAGGUUUUACAGAAAGUCAGAAUUUGGAAAGACACAAGAGAACACACACAGGUGAAAAAUCACAUUCCUGUUUAAUCUGCAACAGAAGCUUUUUUCAACGAUCAUAUCUUGUAGUACACAUGAGAAGACACACAGGAGAGAAAGUGUUGAGUUGCAGUGUGUGUGGUGAAAGAUUCUCUUAUAAGUACCAGUGUAAGAAACACAAGUGUGCUGGUGAGGACAGCAGCAGCAAAUGAAACUGCAGGAUUUGAAAUAAACUGUCAAGACUUUAAUUUUGACCUUCUAACAACAUCAGCACAUAUAACAUGUGUGACAUUGUUGUUUGUGUAACAAUCGUUUAAUAUGUUUCUACAUGUAUAAAGUUUUUCAGUAAAGCACAUCCAUUGAUAUGAAA